GGCGGGGGUGCUGCUCCUCACCAUCAGCUUCUUCAUCAGCAUCAUCAUCAUCAUCGUCGUCGUCGAGGCCCCAGCCGGCGGGAUCCGUGCAGCGCCUGCCGGCGACCUCGACUCGAGAGCGUUUGAAAGAUGACCUCCAGGAAGAAAGUUUUGCUGAAAGUUAUCAUCCUGGGAGAUUCUGGGGUGGGGAAGACAUCACUCAUGAACCAGUACGUGAACAAGAAAUUCAGUAACCAGUACAAGGCCACAAUAGGAGCAGACUUCCUGACGAAGGAGGUGAUGGUGGAUGACAGACUAGUUACAAUGCAGAUCUGGGACACAGCAGGGCAAGAACGGUUUCAGUCCCUCGGUGUGGCCUUCUACAGAGGAGCAGAUUGCUGCGUUCUGGUCUUUGAUGUGACUGCCCCCAACACAUUCAAAACCCUGGACAGCUGGAGGGAUGAAUUUCUCAUUCAAGCCAGUCCCAGGGAUCCUGAAAACUUUCCCUUCGUCGUGCUGGGAAACAAGAUUGACCUAGAAAACAGACAAGUCGCCACAAAACGAGCACAGGCCUGGUGCUACAGCAAAAAUAAUAUCCCCUACUUUGAGACCAGUGCCAAGGAAGCCAUCAACGUGGAACAGGCUUUCCAGACAAUUGCACGAAAUGCACUUAAACAGGAAACAGAGGUGGAGCUGUACAACGAAUUCCCCGAACCCAUCAAACUAGACAAGAACGACCGAGCAAAGGCCUCUGCAGAGAGCUGCAGCUGCUGAAGGGACUUGUGGGGUAGAGCACGAGUCCUUCACAAACCAAUAUCACACUUAGGCCUUCAAACACAAGCCCCCCCCCCCACCCCCCCGCCCCCUUUUCAAAACAAAAGUAAUCAAUUGUCCCAUUUCCAGCUGCCAAAACACCUUUCUCCUCCUCCCACCUCCCUCCCCUCAACCCCUUCCUUACCAAGUCUGCCACGAGCAAACAAGCCCAUUCUCGUAACACAGCUCCAUCAGUGUCCUGUCCCAAUCACAUCAAACCAUUUUGUGCGGUAGCAGGACUGUUUGAAAACAGUUCUAAAGUAGGUUUGGCAUUGGAAGCUAAUUCCACUUGUCCAGUGGAGAGAAACUCUUUACAGUUAAUCUGUAACGAGUUUUCUGGUUUGGUUUUUUUUGGGUUUUUUUAAACUGUCUUGUGGCUUUUUUUUCUAUCCCCUGUGAAGGCUUCAACUGGGAAGGCUGGCUACCCGUAGUUCAUUGCAAGCUCACACCCAGUCCAACUGGGUUGAGUUUUGUAUGUAUCUGUUAAUGCUUAUUACUUUUAACUAAUCAGAUCUUUUUACAGUAUCCAUUUAUUAUGUAAUGCUUCUUAGGAAAGAAUCUUAUAGUACAUGUUAAUAUAUGCAACCAAUUAAAAUGUAUAAAUUAGUGUAAGAAAUUCUUGGAUUACAUGUGUAAAGUCCUGAAACGCAGGUGUUUAGAAUGAGGGGAGACCCCUGUUCUGGAUUGCAGCGUGCUAAGCCACACAGAAUUCUGCAAUCCAGUUAGAGGCAGUAUUCUGUACAGUAGAAAUGACUUACGUAAGCCUUUUUAUUGAAGACUUGAGAGCCAAAAAGCUUUCUUCAUCGCCUGGAAAAAUCAAGUUCCCAUCUGUACCUAAAUAAUCAUCAGAUGAUUUGCAUAAUAUAUCAGUGUGUGCAAUGGAUUAUUGGAGGCUAUUUGCAGAUAUUAAAAUGAACGUUCCCUCCUCUUCCACCCUUAAACUUCCAACUGUUAAAUCAGCAUUCUACAAAGAACCGAAAGGAAAAACUACAGAUGUUUUAGUGAUUUUCUUUUUUUUUCUUUUUUUUUUUUUAAACCUUUGUUCUAGAAGGCGCUCCUCCACCUUCCGGGUUGUGAUAUGUUCUUAGGCUAGAACUCUUCCUCUUCCCACUCCAUCCCUCAAUAUCCCAAUAUUACCAAUCAUGAAUCUGUUUCUUCAACAUGAAAACCUAGCUGUCUUACUCCCCUCCCUAGUAUCUGUCCCUGCGUCGUAGCUUGCUUAAAUGGAGCACUUCUCCCUAUUUUCCAGAGGCCUGUGGGCUGAGUUCUUCUGUAAAGAGAUGAACAUGAUGCCAAUAAAAUUUAACAAGAACAAAGAUCA